AUGGGAUAUGGAGAUGAGCCCGACUAUCUGUAUAUUGAAAAUUCUCUAAAAGCGAUAGCGAAAGAGAGAAAGAUUGAUUUCCAAAGACAGCUAGACUGGAUUGGCAAAGUGCCAUUGAAAAAGACGGAAGAGGAGAGUGAAACCACUUCAUCGGACAAUAGAAAAACUGGUGAGGACGAUGAUGAUAGCGAAGAUAAGAAAAAGAGGCAGAAAAAGUAAGC